AGAACAAGGCAAAUGUGGAUGAGAAAGAUGAGAAAGGCCGCACACCUCUACAUAAUGCAGCCUCCAACGGACAUAGGGAGUUUGUGGAGGUGUUAUUACAGAACAAGGCAAAUGUGGAUGAGAAAGAUAAGGAAGGCAGCACACCUCUACAUGAUGCAGCCUACGAGGGACAUAGAGAGGUUGUGGAGGUGUUAUUACAGAACAAGGCAAAUGUGGAUGAGAAAGACGAUAAAGAAGAAACUGCUUUACAAAAAGCAGAAGCACAACAUCACGAUGCCAUUGCAAGGAUUAUAACUGAGGCAACAAAUAUACAUGACCUGACAACCAACCAUGGUACAAUUACAGAUAGGGUGACAACCGAUGGCCAGUUUCUUAUGAAAUCAUCGUCAAUUCCACACGGAAGCUAUAACAAUGGCGGUUUGCUUACAUCCACACCACUAACAUCAACGUGCCCUGUGAACCACACAUCAGUAGAAUUGCCAGGGGUUUAUGUUCCGAGUCAACUGGGACAAGCAGUUUCCACAGACAGACAAAGUGUUAUUGAAGAGAUAUACGUCGCCUUGCAGUCAUCCCAACCAUAUCAUAUAGACGGAAAUGUUAACAACCUCCAUACAGAUCCUGCACGCAUGGAGAUACGUUCACCCAAUCAAAGAUCAGAAGCCAUACAUGGAAACUCAAGUCAUGUUCCCACCUGUGUCCAUGCUCCAGUAGUUGGUGACACAUUGCCUAGUUCAGAUACCACAAGUAAUUCUGAGAAUGUCAUCAUUCACUACACUGAGUCUGGGGAAAAGAUAGAGCUGCAGCAGCUCUAAAAGUGGUCUAGAAAGGAGUUAUCAUUGUUCUUAUGGUGUCCAGUGUUACAGUAUUCAUAUACAGUUUUACAACCUCCAUUACGGGUUAGUCGACCGAAUUUGGUUUGCAGAAAAUAACGAGUUAUUUGUCAUUUCUGUCGAUGUAGCAUUGAUGUUUCGGUAAGCAUAUCAAUUAAAU